AUGUCCAAUGACAUCCCUAGACGCCUAGAGCUUUGUGAGCUUAAUGAACGGGCGUGGACAGGAGAGCUGGUGUACAAGCUUGCUGCAAAGCAGGACCUGAGUUUGAAGAAGAAUACUGGUUUUGUUAAGAAACUCCGAACUGCUUUCAAUGCUGAGCAAUAUAAGCAUAUUCUCAAAGAUGUGGAAACUUUGAGUCUAGAAAAAUACCUGGCCGAAGUUGUUAACCCUCUGUUUGAGGGCACAUUGAAGGUGACCAAGAAUGAUGACAUCCUCCCGGCAGCUGAGAUCAUCUCUGCCCUCCAUCAGCGACUCAAUCUUCAAUUUACGCCUUUCUACUUAUCUCAAGUAAUUAAUGCUUUGGUAGCUAAAGAUCUGCCCGAUUUGAUGCCCAGACAGCGUCUGUUGUUGAAGGUGGUAACUGAAUUCUAUUUGACUGGGGUCGCCCCGUCCCUUAUAAGUUGCGAGAAAGAUCUGCUUCUGCCCGUGGCUGCCAAACUACUUUUGAAGCAUCCAAGUGACCCCAUUUUGAUACCAUUACUUAAGGAUAUUCUUUCUUACCAGUUCCAAAAGGCAUAUGCUUUGCCCAUAGUGAUUUCAUGGUUGAAGAGAUAUGCCUUCAUCCUUCAGGAUGAGAGUGCCAAUACUCCCCUUAUCCCGGAAAAAGACUUGUUUGUCAUCAAGCAAAUAUUCAAUAUGUACUUCGACAAGGUAACCGAUCUUCUCCAGAGCUCACACAAGCAGAAAGUGAAGCUAGAGCAUAGCAACAAAAAAGCCAUGAUCCGUACUGGUAAAGUCCUUGAGGAAAGACAAGUGGAGCUCGAAGAUAUCAGUAAGGUAUUGGAUACUCUCAAUUCUGGAUGUCCUACAUUAGCCGAAUUGCUACAAAGAGAAAUGCCUUCGCUCGAUUUGACUGCCGAUGCCGCUGCCAACGAAUCAGAUGUUUUUGUCAAAACCAACUCAGAUGAAGACGCUGCUGGAUGGUGGGAAGACAAGCGUGAGAAGAAUUUCUACUUGAAGGUGCCUCUGUAUCAGGAAGUUGUUGCACUGGAAGCCCCAAAAUUAAAAAAGAAGGAAUACGCAAAAUUAUCGGAGGGAGAAAUGGUGGUUCACUUCUUAGAAAAGCUUGAAAGUGCUGUUUCGGAGGAGGAGAUUGAUAAAUUGACAGCCGAGCUCCACACUUUUCUUCCGUCCAAUAAAGCUACACACAACCGAAUUCUACGGUUCUUUCUCGAGGUGAAGAAGAUUGAUAACGUCAACCUAUUUGCGAGGUUUUUAAAAAUUAAUCAAGAAUUCUUCCCAGACCUCAUUACUGAGUUAAUCGAGACUCUAGACAAAGGCUUCAGGUCGCUGAUGUACAGAGAUGUCAUUAACUUUAAGAACUUGUCCUUUUUCAUCGAGCUCGUGAAAUUCAAGCUUAUUCCAACACAUGUUGUAUUUCACAAGAUACGAAGGCUCACCUUGAGCAUUGAAGGUACCAAUAAUGCGGACAUACUACUGAUUUUCUAUGAACGUUGUGGUAAAUUCCUUCUUCUUGAGCCAGAGUAUCAGGAAACUACUCGAGAAAUGCUUGCGCUUCUUAAUAAGCAAUCUAAGUCAUCGAGGCUUACAGUGAAUGAAAAGUUGGCUUUGCGAAAUAUGUUCUUGAUUGUUAACUCUUUCACUGCCACCAAAACCAAAGUCAAACCUACAGUGGUGGAGUUGACACCAAUUGAAGAUUUUGUUACUCAUAUGGUGAAGCGUGUCUUUUGGAAGAACAAGUCGCCUCUACCAGUUGAGGUACUUUCAAAGAUUAAUUUCCGAGGAUGUGAAGAAGCUCGCAACACUUUUGUCGCAUUAUACCUGAGACCCGAGGACCUUGGCCUAGAUAAGCUUGAUCAGUACGCAAAGGUUUUGAAGAGGCUAGGUCCGCAGAGUAUCCUUCCUCCCUUGGUGAUUGACGCACUCACAGAGAAGGUUAUCAGAGGAUUGGAGCUCAAUGACUACAGACAAAACCUAGCAAGGGUGGCUCAAAUGAGAUUCUUCGCAUCUCUCUUCACUGCAAACGUCAUAAGUUUCCGCUGUAUCAUUGAUCUACUAUACAAAGUUGUCACAUUAGGACAUCCCAACAAUCUUCCCCUCCCCGGGUCAAGGCUUGAACUUGAUCCAAAUGAUAAUUACUUCAGGGUUAGCUUAUGUUGCGCACUAUUGACGAACACAAGCUUUUCUAAGGUCGAUAAGGCACGUCUUCUUGUGGGCGGUACAAAAUCUAUGGAAGGGUUUCUCACCUUCUUUCAAUAUUAUAUUCUGACCAAGAAACAGCCACUUCCUCAAGAAAUCCAUUUUGCCGUGCAAAAUGUAUAUUCCAAGAUGUACAUCCAGCCAGCUUUGGACAAUCCUAUGCUUGCACUUUCAUUGCUUCAAAAGUUUAAUGCAGAGCAAAAGAAUGCACCAAAACAAGAUAAGCCGGUUCUUAUUGAGAAUGACAACGACGUGGAAGAAGAUUCGACGGAUGAAGAGGAUUCGGAUGCUGGCACAGAUGAUGAUGAUCUUGCUCUAGAUGAUGAUAUGAACUCACAAGAGGGAGAUAACACCGAGAUGAAUGAUAGCAUGAUCGAUGACGCUGGUGAUGGAGAUGACGACGAGGACGACGAGGACGACGAGGAUGACGACGACGAGGAGUCUGAUCAGACCGAUCAUGACGAAGAAAACGAGGAAGAUGAAGACGAAGUGAGUGUCCACGAUGAAAGUGUGAACGCCUUGAACGAAGAAGAUGAGGAUCCUACGCUGUGGAACAGUUCUAGGGAGCGUGAAGAUAAAAGAUUUGCUGAUGCUAUCGAUGCUGGUAUUCGUGAUGCAUUACAAGAAUCGCUCCAUAUCUCGCAGGCACGUCCAAGGGGGAAUUUUAAGAUGCCUGCUCCCUCAACUUUGAUUAAUGCCCAGGGCGACAAUACUGGCCAAGCGUCGGAAACAGCUUCUCCAAAUGGAAAUGUAAAAUUCAGCUUCCUCUCGAGGAAAAACAACGUGAAAGAGAUGCACUUGCCAUCAGAUAAUAACUUUGUUAACCGAGUUGUCAGAGAACAAGCAGCACAAAAGGCGAACAGAGAUAAAAUUAUCCGCUUAAUAAAUAACAUGGACCAAUGA